AUGGAGGCGGGAAGUAGCCGAAAAUCAUCUGCGGCAGCUUCCACCUGCAGCACUCCGGUUGCGCCUUCAGCAGUGGAGGUGCAGCAGCGGCCACAAGAGCAGCAACAGCAGCAGCAGCAACAGCAGCAGCAGCAGCAGCAAGCGCCGCCCGUGUCCGCCACAGCCUCGUCCUCGGGGCCACGCCGCGGCGUCGACAAGCAGCAGGAGUACGUAGAGCAAAAGUAUGGGACUGCGGAGAGCCACGUCAACCUGACAAAAGAGCAGGUGGAGGGCAUGCUGAACCGUGUGCUGGAGGAGAGCACAACUGUCAAGUACCUGCUUGAAUCCCUGAAAAUGGGCGGCUGCGGCGUGGGGCGGCCCUUCUUUCACGUCACGGCAUGCGACGCGCAAGUGGGCGGCGGCUUCUCCACGGACUACGGGGUGAUCCUGUGCCACAACCGGCUGCAGCACUACCGGGAGGUCGAGCUGGCUGUGGCCCACGAGCUCAUUCACGCCUACGACUUCUGCCGCGCCGCCAACCUGGACCUCACAAACUGCCACCACCACGCGUGCACCGAGAUUCGUGCUGCCAACCUCAGCGGGGACUGCUCCAUCUACCAGGAGCUGCUGCGCGGCAACGCGCUCUCGGACUCGCUGGUCGGCCAGCACAAGCGCUGCGUGCGGCGGCGCGCGCUGAUGAGCGUCGGCAUGAACCCCUACUGCCAGGGCGUCAAGGCGGAGCAGGCGGUCGCGGAGAUGAUGCCGCGGUGCUUCCGGGACACGGACCCCUGGCCCAGGGUGCCGGGGCUGUGA